AUGGAUGCCUUGACGUCGGAGAUACAAGAAGAGGCACCCUGGUGCAUGCUAUUUGCAGAUGACAUUGUGCUCGUUGGUGAGGAGGGAGCUGAGAUACAGAGUAGAUUGGCGAUAUGGCAGCAAAAGCUGGAAAGUGGUGGCUUAAAGAUAAGUAAUUCCAAAACGGAAUACAUGUUUUGCGACUUUGGCGGUCUUUCUGGCUCUGCAGCCAUAUCACUAAAUGGAGUUCCAUUACCGAUCUGCUCCGAUUUCCGGUAUUUAGGUUCACUCCUCCAAAGCAAUGGCGAAUUAGACCGAACCAUAAAGCACAGGAUUAACUCAGGUUGGAUGAAGUGGCGGCAGCAAUAUCCUUCGCUGUGGGAGCAGCAGGCUGCCGGACGGCCGGAGUGGAGAGCGCUCGUUAAUUCUAGCAUCAAAGGUUUUGAAAACUCCUUGAGCUGGGUGCCAGGCGCGACGAGCUGA